AGUCUGCGCAGUAGUUCACUAAAGACACAGAAAUUUCAGCUUGUGUGUUUCGGAUGUUCCAAUUUUAAGAUUUGACAGUUGUUUAAAUAGUGAAUAAAAGGAUUUAGCGCGUGUCUCGAGCUUGGAACGCUAUCGUCGUGGAUCAGAAAUUUUAUGGUGAACACGGACUCUUGUAGAAGGACAAAGAGCGUUCAGCUAUCCCAGUCCGGGUGCAGUGCUUUCGAAUUCUGUGUGCAUUUUGAUAACGCCACCGCUCGGACUCAAGGUAGUACCUUUACUGGACCCAACGCAUCACAGUUCACAAUGGAGACAGCGAUAGAGAGGAUCUACAGUGGAUACAACUUCAUUAACAAUGAAAUUUCUGAUCCACGCACGACGACGUGGCCUCUGGUGGGCAGUCCGUGGCCAAUAAUGAUAGUGGUGGGCCUCUAUCUCUACUUCGUCAACAGUCUGGGCCCGCGUCUUAUGGAGAAUGUCCAGCCCUUCCGCAUCGAGCGUAUCAUGAUAGUAUACAAUCUUUUCCAGAUAGCGGUAAAUCUUUACAUAUUUUACAUGUGCACGCAGCUUGGAUGGGUCAACAAGUACAGUUGGCUGUGUGAGCCAGUGGACUAUUCAGACGAUCCUGACUCACUUAAGGUGGCGUCCAUUACCUGGCUGUACUUUAUCGUCAAGGUGACCGACCUUCUUGACACAGUUUUCUUCGUACUUCGUAAGAAGAACAGCCAAAUAACGUUCCUUCAUGUGUAUCAUCAUGCGGCCAUGGUCUUUGGGACGUGGAUAGCUGCCAAGUAUUUGCCAGGGGGACAUGGCACUUUCGUGGGUUUCUUGAACACCUUCGUACAUGUCAUAAUGUACACUUACUACCUGAUGACUAUUGUCAACCCUGAGUACAAGAAGUCAAUUUGGUGGAAGAAACAUAUCACUCAGCUACAAAUGACGCAGUUCAUGAUGAUCACGGUGCACGCGUCGCAGCUGUUGUUCCGGGACUGCGGGUACCCGCAGUGGGUCGGCUACAUCGUCGUGCCGCAGAACGCCUUUAUGUUCGUCCUCUUCUACGACUUCUACCGAAAAGCUUACUGCGGCGAAAAGAAGAAUGUGUGAUGUGGGGACUUUGUGAAGUUAUGCUGGACUUUGUGCGAUGUUAGACCUCGGACACACUUUUGCAGCUGGCAAUGCAUCUCGCUUCCGGCACGAUGAUUGGGAGCGUUUCAAACUAUCAUUUCACAGCGUAAUGAAAUUUUUGUUUACAACGAUUCUUGUCCCUUUUUGUUAUUUUAUUGAGAUUUUGUUAGUAAGGUUUUAAAGUACUUGGUAGGGAACCAGUAAAUGAAGUAGAGGAAGAGAUGUAUUCAUCAUUCCACUAUGGAUCAAGAAACGAACGGAACAGACCAUCGCAGGGAUCGAACGAAGUACUGAAAAACAGAAAAAAACUUUAACCACAAAGAAAAACAGUGAUAUUUCAUGUGUAUGUAAACUACUGCGCAGAACUGCAAGAAUCAUAAAACAAGAAAAGUGUCAGAAAAUUUUAAGUGUGAACAUUUUUGUUCAGGCCUAAAGUGACUGCUUAA